GUGUGAGUGUGAGACACACCCGGCUACUUCAUGUCAGCCAAUGGCAGCUCAGAGUCACAGACACCAAGGAGGUGUACUUCCUGUGUUUCCAGAAAGAAGAAUGGGGCAGGACUCUUGAUCGAGCCAAGUGGUUUCUCUAGAUGAGUUUCAUAUGGUUUACUCACGCUGUGGACGGGAAGCAAACGGACAGCGGUAGUGGACACGUUGAGGAGUGAUUUAUUAGAGCUGUGGAGGAGCAGACAGGACAGGAGAGAGUAGGAGGAGGAGGAAUAGAAGGAGGAGGAGGAGAGAUAAGUGUCAAUCUGUUGAGACUUGUUUGGGAAUUUGAGGAAGGAGGAGACGUGUGGAGAGACUUAGUCAGGGCUGAAGGCGUAAACAUUGUAUUUUAACUUGGACUUAAGAGAAAAAAAACAGUGGACAAGUUUUCUUGGCAGCCAUUAUGAUCGUGGUGUCAGCCGGACAAUGCAAAAGCUACUUUCUGGUGUGUUGUGCAAUCUCAUGUUUCUGAGCUGAGCUGGCCCGGGGGAGACCAGCUCUCCCACAACUUAACAUUCAGGUGCUACAAAUAAUGGUACGAUGGGAACCAAAAGACCCAGCGGCUCCAUUUUUGACAGUCUAUCUGGCAUGAUUAUGUCAGAUCGUAAACAUCAGCCGACGGGAAAAACCUCCAGGGAUCCAAGUCCUCGGUUAGGAAUGACUGAGCGAGAUCGCCGUCGAGAAGAAGAGUGGCAAAGGGAUCAAGAAAUGGACAAACGUAGAGAUAAAGCCAGAUACAAAGACUCAUUGGAUCCACGGGACAGAGCCUAUGAAAGAGAUGGAGCACCUGUACCCAGAAUGAGAGAGGAAGACCCGGCAAGAUUUCGUGAGGGAGAACGAAGCAGGAACGGGCGGCCGUGGUCAAACGUUGCAGUGGAACCUAACAGAGAACAUGAGUUUAAAAAGUGUGAUACUUUUCCGAGAAUGAGAAAAAGCACCCCAGAGCGCAGGAGAGAAGCUAGAAAUGAAGAAAGAAGGUAUAAGACAGAGAGAAGAUCGGAAAUGGGUGACCAGGGGAGGGACUUCGGUCGGCCUAGAGAGACAUAUAGCGAUAGACAAACAGAUGAGCGACGAAGUCGAGCCAAAGAAGACGACAGAAACUUUGCUGGUCGCAAUGACAUGAGGAGAGACAAGGAUUUCCAAGACAGAAGCGGACGCGAUGCUCCCAGAAAGGGGGAGAAGCCAAGACCUGACUACGAAGGCAAAGUGGUGAAGAGGCCGUCACCUCAGAGACGAGAUGACAUGGAUAGAAGGGAUCGGGAAAGAAGGCACAGAGAUACAAGGAGUGAUGGCGACAGUGAUGAGAGGAGGGAGCGAGUAAGAGAUAAAGAACGGAUUUACCAGCACAGCAGAAGUGAAGGGGACAGUGACUAUAAAACAUCGCGAAAGCCUGAUUAUGAGAGGCCAAGAUAUAGAGAAGAAGACGGGCUGGGGAGGGAAGACAGACGGAGGGAUGGAGACAAGAGGAGUGAAAGAAGCAGGGAGGAGGACAGGAGAAGGGAAAGACAGGAAUAUGGACGAACUGAGCGCGUUCGAAGGGAUGAGAGAGGGGACAGAAGAGAGGCUGACACAUACAAAGUCCAGAGGCAAGACAGGGAAGCGCAAGCUCGAGACUCUGAUCCAAGAUGGGGAAAUCAGUCCGGGAGAGUUCAGGAACAAGGUCCGAGGGUCCCACCGAGGGCUCAGAGCAGCAGUGAGUGGAGCAGUGACAUGGAUAGUGACAUCAGGUUCAGACAGGGGAGGGACAGUUAUGAUGAAAGUCCAGAGAGAGCCGUAGAAAGAGGCCAAGAGCAGCAACGGAGGAGAGAGAUACCAGCAGGAGAGAGGCGAGAUGCACCGGGCAAUGUGAAUGAGCAGCGGAGGAUGUGGUUAGAACCUAAGAGGGACAAAAUGGAGAAAGAAGAUUCGCGAUUUAGAGACAGAGAAAGGCAGGAAGAGAGCAUGCUAGAGGGGGGUAAUCAACAGCAAGUCAACAAAGAACCAGAUGAGAGUGAUAAAGCUAGAGACACAGGUAGGGAAAGGAGGGCGAGAGGAAGCCAGACACAGGGUGUCAGUGUUGAUGGGGAGGAUGUGGAGGAGUUCUGCAGAGAGUUGGACAGCAGAGAGCAUCAUUCGGGCAGUGAUGCAGGGAUGGAGGGAAGUCAAGAGCAGAUUGAUAACUCAAAAGAAAGUGACAGAGAAGAGGGUGGAAGUGAUUACUGGCCACGGUCUGAGAGUGAAGAUGGAAGUGACUCUGACUGGAGGCAAGAGCGAGACAGAACGGUUUCGGGAGAGGACGGCUUCGUGACCAUGUCCAGUGGAGGAGAUGGAGAAGAUGAAAAGGAGGAGGAGGAGGAGUUUGUCGACUGCCGAGACUCCUGGAACAGUAGAGAUGAUUCCCCUUCUUCUGCUGGUGACCAGAGAGCUGCCCAGAUGGACGAGGGUGUAGAGAGGGACAGUCGCGAGAAUAAGCAGAAAUAUAUCUUCUGUGUUAUCGGCCAAACACUGCCACGAUCAAAAUCUGGUCAGACCGAUUUGGAAAAUCCAGGAACAGAUACUGACUACAACAUGUCUUCAGAGCCUUCUGAGGACACAAGUGACAGACAAAAGCAAGACGCAAACCCCCAUGCUGAAAUUGGUUCCAUGAAAAGAGACUCACAGACAGAGAGACUCCUGAUAGAGUGGAGGGAGAAGAACAUGGAGGCCCUUCCACCGAACCCUUACUCUGACUCUGAGCUGAACUUUGAGCAAAUACUUCCUGCCUUAGAAGGGAUUGAUAUUGAGGCCAUGAGUCCAGAAGAAAAAGAGGCCAUCAGGAUCAGAAUGAGUGGUGCGUGGAGCUUGUCUGAAGAGCCCAAACGUCAUUCCCAAGCCCCUCACCUUAAGUGGGCCAAAGAUGUGAUAAAGGAGAUUCUUGGGAAGUCUGAGGAGAAGACAGAGGAUCCCAACGCAGACUCAGAAGCGAGCAAUCGAUCUGAGCAAGGCAUGACCUCAGAGUCUAGUGCGGACAAGGCGGAAUUAGGGCCAGAGGACAGCCACUCUUUAUCUGAUGAUCUGCAAGAAGAGCUGGAGGACGAGGAAUUGCUGGAGUUGGAGGGAUUGAGAGGUAUGGGUCAGAGCCUAGAAGACAUGCAUGGUAGCCAAGUCCAGGCCAUGCAUGGUGAGCGGUUCGGAGAUGUGCGCGCAGACACACCCGGGUAUUCUAAUGAUGACACACUCCCAGACAGAGGAACACCAGAGGUUCAGGUUCCUGCAACAACUGAACCUUCUAGCCAUCAGGAUUUGGUGAAAGUGGAUAUAGAGGUGACAGAUAGCGAUGAGGUCAAAUCCUUUGACGAGAAAGAGAACGGCAGGCAGAAAGAGGUGGAAAUGUAUUUAUCCGUGAGCAGCACAUUGUAUAAGCCUAAUAGCUGCCCCAUUCUUAAUUACGAGUCAGAGUUCUCAGGUGACGAGUCGAGAGUCGAAGAAGAGCAGGAGGAAUCAGAGGAGGAGCCGGUGGUGGAGAGUGACCUUGGUUUAGAAGAUGGCACUGAGCUUGAUGGUGGAGAGAACACAGAGCAGGAGGGGGAGGCUAUGACAAGGAGCCACUUCAGUUUCCGUGAUCUAGGUCCUGAAGCUCGGUUCAGACGGAGGGGGAUCCGUAAAACCGAACGAAGGAGUGAAUCACUUGUUGAGGAUGAAGAUGGUGUGGGAAGGGACCGCAGAACCAGAAUAUUCCUUCCAACAGAUGAUGUUGAGCCGAGCAAAAGUUGGGGAGAAGUGGAACUGAGGAAUGUUUUGGACACCAUCGGACGCAAAAAGAGAAACUCAAGGUUUUUCAACGCAGCCCAGCUCUACCAGCAGUACAGCGAAGCGGUCCAAAACUCUGAAAUUCUACGGCAAUCUCGAUCUGACGUCGUCUCCAUCAGCGAAGAAACAAGCCGUUCCCCUGCUCCGUCACCCCCUCCGGCCAACAGACCUCUCCCUCCUGUGCCGACCGCCCCACACCCCCAGUGGCUCCCCCAUCAUGGCUCUAUCAGCAGCGUUAGAAGUUUGCCUUUGCCUGAACCACCAAGAGGUGAACGCAGACCUUCAUCCCCCCGACUGUCCAUCGUCUCCAUCACGCAGUCGGCGACACUAUGGAGAGACCUGCCAGGGGUCCGGAACAGCACGGAGCUGGAGGAGAUCUCUGAAGAUCAGAGACGCCUGCAAGAGGUGAGGUUCGAGGUGGUGACCUCUGAAGCGUCCUACUGCCGCAGUCUGGACAUCGUUGUGGAGCACUUUGUCAAGUCCAAACAGCUGGCGGCGCUGUUGAGCACACAAGAUAAGAACUGGUUGUUUUCCAGAAUGGCUGACGUCCGAGCUAUCAGUCACAGUUUCCUAUCGAAGCUGGAGGAGCGCCUCGAGUCCGACAUCAUGCAUUUCAGCGUGUGUGACAUCAUCGCUCGGCACUGCAAACGCUUCAAAAUGGUCUACGUGCCGUACCUUACCAACCAGUCGUACCAGGACGCCACCUACCAGAGACUCAUGAAUGAAAACCCAGGCUUCAAGAGGAUUGUGGAGAAACUGGAGAGGAGUCCUGUCUGCCAGAGACUUCCAUUACGUUCUUUUCUGGUUCUUCCGUUCCAGAGAAUCACGAGAAUCAAGCUGCUGGUCCAGAAUAUUGUGAAAAGAACAACUCCCGGCACGCCAGAAGCCAUGCAGGCCAUUAUCGCUUUGAAGCAGCUUGAGAAGCUGAUUCAGGAGAGCAACGACAGCAUCUCCCAAAUGAAAAGCAUCGAGUCGCUGGUGAAUCUCAGUGCCAAAGUGGACUUUGAGUGCAGGACCCUUCCGCUCAUAAACCCGAACCGACGAUUGGUCCGUGAGGGUCCGGUCACAGAGCUGAUGGACUUCUCUCUAAAGGAAACUGAGAGAAUUGUUUACUUGCACCUUUUCAAUGACUACCUGCUUCUGUCACUACAAAAAGAAGGCGGGAGGUUCACCGUGAUCGACCACGCUCCGGUGUCAGAGCUGCGCGUGGAGAACUGCCGUGUCAAGCUUCACUCUCUCCAGAAGAACCUCUUCAGACUCUACAUGUCAUCCAAAAGUCUGCUGCUGAGGACAGACACACAGAGCGAUAAGCUACGGUGGAUAUCUGCACUAUCCAGACCUCACCCUGAAGUGGAUUUCUCAUGUGCACAAGAUUUCACACAGAUGCAGUGUAUCAGAGCCUUUGUUGCUCAGCAGCCUGAUGAGCUGAGUUUAGAAAAAGCUGACAUCAUCCUGGCGCACCAACAGAGCAGUGACCACUGGGUCGAAGGGACCAGGUUGUCGGACCGACACCGUGGCUGGGUACCUGAAGCACACUUAGAGACCAUCACAAACGCCAGGGUACUGAAGCGCAACCUGGCAGACGCCCUCAAACUGACCACAGCCACGGCGGAAGCAUAGAAGUGGAUGAGCAGAAAACACGCUCCAGGCACACGAGCCAGCUGUUCAAAAUAUUCAGACACACUUCCAUGCUGACAUGACCUCUUCAUUGGACACGACAGUUAGCGUCCAGUCUCAACUUUGGAAAACUUCAGUGCAAUGCUAGUAUUUCUGAGAGCUGCCUACACACAUAGAAUCACAUGACUUUUUUUUUUUUUUUUUUUUAAACACUGUAUGUAUAUUAUGUAAGUGGAAUGAUUACUGUUUUGAUUUUGGUUGUUUUGUUUUGUUUUUUUGCAACAAUGACUGUAUUUCACUGUAGCUGUGUAUAUUGAACAGAAUGUUAAAGAUGAGCUUAUGACACGAAUUGUUGCAUAGUAAGUUGUACUUGUACAGAAGAAAAAUAAUGUGCUACGAUUUCAAUAAAUUCUUCA